AUGGGUAUGUUCAGCUGGCAAUCGCAGCACUCACUUGGACGACAUACCGAUACCGUUUCAGCAGCACACAUGAUCAUUCAUCGAAAGGGGAAUCUGAUAUAUUCGACAGUUGGAGCUGUGCUGGGUCUACACCUGGUAAAAGUGAGUAUCUGCUUUCUGUUGAUGCGAUUUGUCAGCGGUAGAGGAUACAGAAUCGUUUUGUGGUCAAUCGUUGGCUUUCUGAUCGCCUUUACGAUCGCAUGCUGGGGAACAUUGAUUUUCUGGUGCCUCCCGGUCAAGGCAUUCUGGGAUGUCUCUCUUCGUCGCCUUCCAACAACACAUUGCUAUCCUCAAAUCCACUUCACAAAUAUCUCGCUUAUGAACACGGCUAUCAACAUGUUUACCGAAGUCCUUCUUGCCACUCUUCCCGUCCACAUUAUUUGGAAUCUGCAGAUCAACCGGCGCCAGAAGGCCUCGUUGAUUGGAGUUCUUUCCCUUGGAUAUGCAGCCGUCGGACUUGGGGUAGCGAAGGCAAUUAAGCAGGUCCAAUUGCCAACAGACAAAGAUGUAACCUGGUCCCAAGGGGUUCAGCUAUGGGGGUACGUGCAACUCAAUGUCUCGAUAAUAGCCUCCUGUAUGCCUGCACUCAGACCAUUAUUCUCUUGGCUCUCCGACGCAGUCUCCUCGGGCCACCGCACGCGAGAUCCUGCAGGUUCUCAUCGUAAUCCAAGAUCUGGGUACUUCCGUCAGUACGAUUCGAGUGGCAGUGUUCCGAAAGGAACAAGUGGAAGCGCCACUUGCAGCUUUGGUGGGGAAAAUAAAGAGUCCGAUGUGCCGCUGUGUGACCUGGAAGCUAACGGAGGUGUUGGACGCAGCGCUUUCGUGAGUGCCAAUGUCAGUCAGAGGACCGAGGGAGAAAGGAGCUGGAUUGAUACCAUUGACGAUAGCGAGAGUGAGAAAGAUAUUCUACACAUGAACGUGCAUGGGAGUAAAGGAAUUGUAAGGACAACAGCAUUCACAGUCAAGACUGACAGCAGCAGAGAUCAGAGAGUCGUUUGA